AAAUCCGACCUAAGUGAUGAACUCAUUGAGUCAUAUGACCACUUCCUCGUAACUCUUAAUAUAUAUACUCCCUCUCCUCUAUAUCUGAUUUCCAACAUAACCAUAACUCCUAAUUUUCUUUCUUAACCAAACAAACAAACAAUUAAAAACCCUUUCCCCCAGAUAAAUCUUUUAGUUUAUUACUUGAAAGCAGAGAAUAAAAUGAAGAGAGCUAGUUGGUCUACUAUUUUGAUCGUGGUGAUGAUGGUGUCGUUAUUGGUGCUAGAACAUGUGGUGGUUCCAGCCGCAGCAGGGAGGGUUUUAAUGGAGAAGUCAGGAGAGGGAAGAGCGACGGUGAUGAGUGUGGAGAAGAUGAAAUCGACGGUGGAUUCUUGGUUUCAGCGUCUAGCUUCAGGUCCUAGUCCAAGAGGUCGUGGCCAUUAAUUAAGUUAGUUUUUUUGUUCGUUCUUUCUAGCCGGAGGGGAUCAACAAUGUCGAUAUAACCAUGUGUAUACAAAAAAGACAGCCAAAAGUUUUAUUCAAUUCAUUUAUUUUUUUUGUAGUUGUUUUUUCUCUAAACCAUCAUUAUACAUGUACAUCCUUACUUUUUGUUGGUUAUUAAUUUGAAUAAAAUUUUGUACUCUGCCUUUUAC